AUGUUUCAACAAUCAAACUACAACAGUAACAGUACACCAGAAUUUUUAGUAAAUCAAAAUAAUUUUAUGUUUUUUAAUAACAACGCAAAUAUACCAGCACCACUCCCAUCAAAUAAAACACCAUAUAAAAACAACUCCACAAAUUAUAUAAAUAAUAAUAAUUAUAUUGAUGAAAAUAAUAUUAUAAAUAGUUUAAGCAACUUAAUAAAUAUCAAUAAUAAUUAUAAUACAAAUAACUAUAAUAAUAAUAAUAAUAAUAAUAAUAAUAAUAGCAAUGACUUUAAUGUCCCAACUUUAUCCCCACAAAUUAACAAUGUAGAUUUAUAUUCAUCACCUGUACAAACUUUAAAUAAUACUAAUAAUAAUAAUAAUAAUAACAAUAAUAAUACACAACCAAUUGUCACUUUUCCACAAUAUUGUUCAUUAAAAAAAUGCGAAUUAUGUAAACGUGGCCAACCACCACUUUUAUUAAAAACACCAACAUGGAGUUCAAUUAUGAGAGUUGUAUUUUUUACUCUUCAUAAUGAAUAUCCAGAUAAAGAAUAUUUCUCACUUAAAACUGAAGUAUAUGAAUUUAUGACUUCACAUUGGGAAAGACUAUGUAUAAAUAGAAAAAGAACUGACAACUGGAGAAAACAAAUUCAAGAUAUGCUCUCACACAGUAAGAAUGUAUUUGAAUCUGGCUUAGAGAAAUUAAAACAAAACGGCUUCUGGAAAUUAAGAACCAUCAUAGAUCCAUGGGUUAUCAAUGAAAAAUUAGAUUCAUCUGUAAAUUCAUCACCAUCUAUGUCAUCUAAUAAUUCAUCACCAUGGAGAAAGAAAAGAAACCAUGAAGAUAUUGAAGAAAGCGGUAACAAUAAUAAUAACAAUACAAGCGGCGAUAAAAAAUUAAGAUGCUCAAACGAAUCUGUUUCACAAGUUCCAUCAUCCCCAUUAAGCGACCAAUCAGCACCCGAAUUAGAAUCAUCAUUAAAAGAAAUUGACCAAAUUUUUUCUAAAGAGAUCCAAUCCAUCAGAUGCGAAACUAAAAAAUUUUUUAAAUUAUUACCAACUAUUAAAAAAGAUAACGAAAAAUUAAAAUCAAUUCAACAAACCCUUUCAUUAUUUGAAAAUCGUUUAAAUAUCUUAGAAAAAGAAAAAGAAAAUAUUAAAACUUCAUCGCCAUCCCUUUCUUACCCAUCAUCUCCACAAAAUUUUUGCGAACCAUCAUCCCCAUUACAACAAACCCCAUCAUCUCCAUCCCAACCAAAUUCAAGAGCUACAUCUCCAUUACCACUUCAAAGAAUAACUAAUCCAUCAAACUGUACAACUAAUAAUAACUCGAAUCAAAAAUUAUUUUUUAUAUAA